GCUCACUCAUUAAUAACUUUCUAAACCAGAACAAGCAACAGACAACUGUAAACUACUGUACCAACUACAAGGAUGGAAAGUUGGUGUUUAGGUGAUCUAAAACCACGUAGGAUGGAAAAUAAAGAUCCAGAGGAACAAGUUGGUAUGCGCAUAUACUCAAUCCUGGAAAAUCAAGAUCUGAAUAAGGUGAAGAAGAAUCUUUUGAUAGGCUCAGAGACCGAAAGCAAAAAAACAGAAGCCAUAAAAAUGUUCCUCUGCCCCCAGUGUGGAAGGAGCUUCACACAAAGACAAAACCUGAAGAUUCACAUGAGGAUUCACACUGGAGAAAAGCCAUUCGAGUGUCAACUGUGUGACAAGAGCUUCUCAGAUCCCAGAAACCUCAGAGAUCACAAGCUCUCUCAUUCUGGAGUGAGAGCUUUUGGCUGCGAUCUCUGUGGGAAAAAUUUCAUGAUUUCUUCUCACCUGAAAAGACACAUGAGGAUCCACACAAACGAGAAGCCUUACUUGUGCUCGAUUUGUGGACAGAGUUAUUCACGCAUGGACCAUUUUAAAGAGCACCAGAAACUGCAUGCUGAUGUGCGACCGCAUGUGUGCACUGAGUGUGGAAACUCCUUCAAUUUGGCCAGUCAUUUGAAGGACCACCAAAAACGUCAUACUGGAGAGAAACCUUAUAAGUGUUCACACUGUGGAAAAGGCUUCUCUCAGUCAGGAUCUAUGAGAAAACAUGAGAGAAUUCACACAGGAUUGAAGCCAUACAUCUGUUCUUCAUGUGGGAAAACCUUCACCCAGUCGAGUGCUCAACUGAAACAUGUGAAAAUGCAUUGCCCGAUGUUGUCGAAGGGGUAAAUACACUGUAAAAACCAACAGAAUAAAAUGAGUGUAGUUAACUUAA